UCCUGGGCAGGCCACUGCACCAAAGAACGGACGCCAUGAGGACCCUGCUGCUGCUGGGGUCCCUGCUGAUGAGCCUGGACUCAGUGCUUGCGAGCCCUCCUUGGAAAGUCCCCAAGGGACAUAAACAAAGAGCAGAUGCGCACAUGAUGGUUCUCACAGUCACCGGGGAGCCCUGUCACUUCCCCUUCCAGUACCACCGGCAGCUGUACCACACCUGCAUUCACAAAGGCCGGCCAGGCCCACGGCCCUGGUGUGCUACCACCCCCAACUUUGAUCGGGACCGGCAAUGGGCACACUGCCUGGAGCACAGGGAUGUGAAAGAUCAUUGCAGCAAACACAGCCCCUGUCACAAAGGAGGGACGUGUGUGAACACACCCAGGGGGCCGCACUGCUUCUGUCCGGGACACCUCACUGGGAAGCACUGCCAGAGAGAGAAGUGCUUCGAGCCCCAGCUUCACCGCUUCUUCCACGAGAAUGACAUGUGGUAUCGAUUCGAGCGGGCAGGUGUGGCCAAAUGCCGUUGCAAGGGUCCUGAUGCCCACUGCAAGCUGCUGGCCAGCCAGGCGUGCCCCACCAACACGUGCCUGAACCAAGGCAGCUGCCUCGUGGCAGAGGGACACCACCUCUGCCAUUGCCGCCCACCCUACACAGGACCUUUCUGCGACUUGGACACUCAGGCCAACUGCUAUAAAGACCGCGGGCUCAGCUACCGGGGCUUGGCCAGGACCACGCUCUCAGGAGCCUCGUGUCAGUCCUGGGCUUCGGAGGCCACCUACCGGAACAUGACCGCAGAACAAGCGCUGAGUCGGGGUCUGGGCGACCACGCCUUCUGCCGGAACCCGGACAACGACAUCCGCCCGUGGUGCUUCGUGUUGAACGGAGACCGGCUGAGCUGGGAGUAUUGCGACCUGGCGCCAUGCCAGGUUCCAACCCAGGCAACACCUCCAGUGCAGGUCCUUCCUGAGCGUCAGGACCUACCCUUGCCCCCGCCCUCCGCGGUGCAGAAGCCUCAGCCCACCACGCAGCCGCCACCGCGGGCCCCCACCCCAGCCUCGCCCGAGGUGUCCCAGCUGCAAACUCCCCUGUCCCGGGCCGACUCGCUCAGCUGCGGACAGCGGCUCCGUAAGCGGCUGUCCUCGCUGAGCCGUAUCGUCGGCGGGCUGGUCGCUCUCCCCGGGGCACACCCCUAUAUAGCCGCGCUGUACUGGGGCCACAACUUCUGCGCCGGCAGUCUCAUCGACCCCUGCUGGGUGCUGACUGCGGCCCACUGCCUGCAGGACCGGCCGGCGCCCGAGGAGCUGACGGUGGUGCUGGGCCAGAGCCGCCAUAACCAAAGCUGCGAGCAGUGCCAGACGCUGGCCGUGCGCUCCUACCGCCUGCAUGAGGCCUUCUCUCCCAACAGCUACCAGCACGACCUAGCUUUGCUGCGCCUGCGGGAGAGCGCCGACGGCAGCUGCGCGCUCCUGUCGCCUUACGUGCAGCCGGUGUGCCUGCCUAGCGGCGCCGCCCAAACUCCCGAGUCCGAGUCCGAGACGGCGCUCUGCGAGGUGGCUGGCUGGGGCCACCAGUAUGAGGGGGCAGAGGAAUACUCCAGCUUCCUGCAGGAGGCGCAGGUGCCCUUCAUCCCCUUGGAGCGCUGCUCGGCCCCCGACGUGCACGGAGCUGCCAUCCUCCCUGGAAUGCUGUGCGCUGGCUUCUUGGAGGGCGGCACCGACGCCUGCCAGGGUGACUCCGGGGGCCCUCUGGUGUGUGAGGAGGGGACCGAAGAGCUUAGGCUCACCCUGCGAGGCAUCAUCAGCUGGGGCUCGGGCUGUGGAGACCGCUACAAGCCAGGCGUCUACACUAACGUGGCCAACUACCUGGCGUGGAUCCGGGAGCACACCGCUUCCUGAGCACCCGGAGACGUGUCUGGGUCGCGAUCGUGGUCGGCGAGGACAGUGGCCAUUCCCCCACUGUGCCGCCAGCCUGCGCUAGGCGCCGGAAUUCAAUAAAGCGCUUUGGAAACCUG